GGUGGCCGGAAGUCAUGGUCCACAGCCGAGGGCCCUAAUUCCGCGGCCCUUGUGGCAGUUACGGCGGUUCUGCACCCAGGAUACGAAUGGAGGCGGCCCGGGAUCACGGCCCGGGGUUGUGCUGCAAGCCCGGCGGGCGUCUGGACAUGAGCCACGGCUUCGUACACCACAUCCGUCGGAACCAGAUCGCUCGGGACGACUACGACAAGAAGGUGAAGCAGGCGGCCAAGGAGAAGGUGAGGAGGCGCCACACGCCCGCGCCCACGCGGCCCCGCAAGCCCGACCUCCAGGUGUACCUGCCGCGCCACCGAGAUGGCUCCACCCACCCCGUGAACCCAGACUGUGAGGAAGCCAGUGAAAGCAGCAGUAGUGGAAGCUCUGAGCUGGAGCCUCCUGGCCGCCAGCUCUUCUGUUUAGACUAUGAGGCGGACAGUGGCGAGGUCACUUCAGUUAUUGUAUAUCAGGACGAUGAUCCCGGAAGGGUGAGUGAGGAAGUUUCAGCACACACACCUCUGGAUCCAGCCAUGCGAGAGGCCCUCAGAUUGCGCAUCCAGGAGGAACUCACAAAACGCCAGAGCCGACACUGACGAGGAGAAGGCAGGAUUCACUGCACUUGGCAGAAUUUUGCCCAAGGAGCUCUCCCCUGGUUUGGGGGUAUCAGGAUGAGUCCGUGUGAUCUUCAGGGAUCCUGUCCUCCUCCUCUAAGCUGCUGUAUCCACAGGGCCUUGCAGGACCACAUCUGACCAAUCUCUCAGCAGCCAUUUUUCUUGUCUCAUUCACCUAACCUAAUGGAAUUUUAUGACAGCUUUGGCUAACUUGGUGUUUUUGGAGCAGAGACUUUAGGGAGAGCCAGGCUUUCUGAAGCUUUUGCCUGUGUGGUGCUGUCUUGAUGAGGUCGUUUGUCAGGCCCCUUCAUGUUUCUGCUUUCUUCCACUCAUCUUUGCCUAGGCCUGUUUUCAGCUGUCACUUUUCCUUUCUCCCAUCUUUUUGCCUUAGGUAGAAUCUAUGUCCCCCUCCACCCCCCAACAUGACUGUUUGUCUGCCACUCAGGAAUUUAGCAUGGGGCUUCUGGGAGCAUGCCUUCCUAACAAGGUCUCCAAGAACUUCUGAUGCCAGUAAACAGGAGAGCUUUGGUUUUGAGGCCUCUUUGGAA